GAAGGGCGCGAAGGUCGGGGAGCGGAAGUCAGAUUCCUGGGCCUCUGGAGGGAGGAGGUGCUCGGGUGAGCGCUCACCCGCGGCACGGUUGCGCAUGCGAGUUGGGGCAUUCUAGCGGCUUCUAGAAAAGAUGGCCGGCAAGGCGGAGUUUGGAGUGGAGGUGUGGCAGCAGGGGGCCAUCCUACGUCCUAGGCUCGUGCUCUCUUCUUUGUUCUGCUCCCUUGUCGAUGGGGCUCAGGGAGCACGGGGCAGGUCGGCCAGGUUUCGUUCUAGAGCGCUUAAGUUAUGGCCUUGGGGCCUGAACCUCGGUGGAACGCGACAGGCAUCCUACAAGGCUUAUACGUAUUACGGGAGAAACUAGUUAGAGGAAGGCAACCACCCGUUUUAAACCAGGGAAUUGUAAUCUUGCCCGGCCUCAUUUCCUCAGUGCCCAGGUGGGAUGUGUGCGGAGCCGACAAUAGUUGGUCUAAGCUUUGCGACUAAUGCUCCCAAAUGUGGGAAUGUGAAGUUAGGGGCUACCUCGAAGCUGGAAGCUCCUUGGCCCGACCGCAACCAGCUUCGCAAGCCGGGAACGGAGAUGGAAUGUUAAUGCUGGAGACACAUGAAGCGUUUCCCUCACAUAGUGCCCCACCCCCUAAUGCGUUCCUGUGAAAUGGUUGGUCCGUUACAUGCCUGCGUGCGUCUAAACGUAAGCGGUGAUUGGAGAAACUGACAUGACAGAUGGCCCUCUCGACCACUCAACUGCAGAGGUUUGUUAGUUCCGGGGGCGAGAGAGGCUCACGUUGAGAAUUGAUAACCUCCACCGGCCUCAACCUCUGGAGUGGAUAUGGCUGCGGCCGCGGACCGCUGAGACGCCUGCAAGGAGCAGGAGGCGAGGCUUUUCUGAGGCUUUGCUUGAGGUCCCUCAGCGAUGGCGCUUCGGUCGCGGUUCUGGGCUUUGUCGGUUUGCAGAAACCCCGAGUUUGGGUUUGCAGCCCUCUCAACCAGUUCCAAAGCAGCGGUGAAGCCUGAAGUGGACCCUGUGGAUAAUGAAGCCGUUGCCCCGGAGUUCACCAACCGGAAUCCCCGGAAUCUCGAGCUCUUGGCUGUAGCCAGGAAAGAACGGGGUUGGGGGACCGUGUGGCCCUCUCGUGAGUUUUGGCACAGGUUGCGAGUUAUAAGAACUCAGCAUCAUAUAGAAGCGUUUGUUGAGCAUCUAAAUGGCCGGAUUGUGGUUUCGGCAUCCACUCAUCAAACAACUACAGAGUGCUAUGACAGAAGGUGGGGUGGUGCUGCAGGAACCUCGGAGAAUCUAUCAGUAAACUAGAAACGUUCAUUGCUGUGAACUUGUACGUACAAAACUCUCGGCUAUUGCAUCCAUCAGAAGAGAGCACGUGGAAGAACACCAGUUGGAAGUUUUACAACAAUCAUUUAACAGUGAAAUGUUGCUGCAGGAAAGCUCACAUUCUGCCCACCGCUUUGUGUGUGGGUUUUUUUUUUUUUUUAAAUCGGGCUGAAUUCUUCCUCUCUCAUGGACAUGAGAGAAGUAUCUGAGAAAAGCAGUCAACAAUUUUAAUUAGUUUUUGCAGGACAAAUUAAAAGUUGUUUUUAAGUUAAAGAAUAAAGGCAUAUUGUUAUUCACUUACCUUUUGGUGACAUGAAAUUUUCCUUGCCUUUGCCUCAGUGUGGCAAGAGCACACAUAGCAGGUUUAUGUAAAGCACUUACUACAGUGUCUGACUCGUAGUGGGUGAUGUCAGUAAAUGGUACUGUUUUCCUGCUCAGGCUCCAGGGUGUGUGUGGUGCUUAAAGUUAUAUGUCAUCUUGGCUAGGCAAUGAUUCUCAGUGGUUUAGCAGACAUUAUGUAAUUCUCCGCUUUGUGAUCUGAUGUGUGCAGCCGGUCAGUUGGAAGGGGAAUUUCCUUGGGGUGUGGCCUGCAUCAAAUAUGUAUGGAUGUUCUGGCAAAGUUCACACUCUCAGUGCUGCAUUUGACUCGUCAUCCUGUGACCUCUGGUUCGUAGGAUGUGAGCCUCCACCCUGCCACCUGACCUGCAGAUUUUAGGUUAGCCCCUGUGUCUUGAUUAUCUAAUACUGCUAUAACAGAAAUACCACAAGUGGAUGGCUUUAACAAAUUUAUUCUCUCACAGUCUAGUAGAAGUCCAAAUUCAGGGCACCAGCUCUAGGGGAAGGCUUUCUCUCUGUGUUGACUCUGAGGGAAGGCCCAUGUCAUCAGUCUUUCCUGGUCAAGGAGCUUCUCCGUGCAGGGACCUCAGGUUCAAAGGAUGUACUAUUCUCAUUUCUUGGUGGUAUGAGGUCCCCCUGACUCCGCUGGCUUCCCUCUUUUAUACCUCAAAAAAGAUUGAUUUAAAACAUGACUUAAUCUUGUAGAUUGAAUCGUCCCUCAUUAACAUAACUGCCUCUAAUGCUGCCUCAUUAAUAUCAUAAAGGCAGGCUUUACAACACAUAAGAAAAUCACAUUAGAUGACAAAAUGGUUGACAAUCACAGGAUAUUGGGAAUCAUGGCCUAGCCAAGUUACACACAUUUUGGGGGGACACAAUUCAACCCACAACAUUCCACCCUUUGGCCCUCAAAAAUUCAUGCCCUUGCCACAUGUAAAACAUAUUUAACCCAUUUUAUCAGCAAAAGUCUUAACUCCCAAGUCCAAAAUCCAAAAAUUCCUCUUCAUCUGUGAAAUCUAGAAUAAAGUUACCUGCUUCCAAAGUACAAUGGUGCAUAAGCUAGACAUUUCCAUCACAAAUGGGAGAAAUUGGAGGGAAAGAAGGGAUAACGGACACCAAGGAAGUCAGCAGAACACAAUUACAUUAGCUCUCAGGGCUGGAAAAUAAUCCUCAGAUCAUUUAGACAGUGGCCCUGCCCUCCAGACUCUGGGUGUUGGCUACACUCUCGAUUCUGGGUGGAGGCCCCUUCAUCCUGGGCUUCAGUUCCACCUUCCAGGCCCACUGGGAUGGUAACACUGCUCCUUUGGCUUUAGGUGGCCCCAUUCUCCUGGUCCAUGUGAGUGGCAACCCCACCCUUUGAGACCCCAGAGGUUGUGACCCCACCCUUUGAGACUGAGGCAACUCUGCUUCCUGUGUACCUUAUUUUUUAAGCUUCUGCAUCCUGACUCCUUGGCCUCUCGGCCCCUUGGGCCUGUCCGCCUGUGUCUGCCCUGUUGGGGCAAGUAUUCCAAAGCUCUUUGGCUCCACCUGUAAGUGCCUGGAGGCACCCCACUCUGCCAGUAAGCCUCCUGUGCAAAGGCGCUCAGCUCUUGCUCCCUGUGUCAGCUCCAGCACUCUCUCUCACCAGUCUGGUUCUGCUGCUGUCGCUUCUGUGCUGCUGCCAGUUCUCACCAUCUCCAGCGUAACAGCUCCCCUCAUGUCCUUUUGAGUCCUCAGCAGGAUUGUCCUUGAUGUCCAUAAUUCCACCAACAGUCUCUUUUAAGGCAAUCUAGGCUUUUGCUGUUAGGCACUUUAAAACUCUCCCAGCCUCUAUCCAUUCACAGUUUCAAAACUGCUUCCACGUUUUAGGUAUCUGUUAGAGCAGCACCCCACUCUUCUGGUACCAAAUUCUGUCUUAGUGCUGCUGUAACAAAUACCUCUAGGGCAUGGCUUUAACAAAGAGAAAUUUAUUCUCUCACAGUCUAGGAGGCUAGAAGUUCGAAUUAAGGGUGCCAGCCUCAGGGGAAGGCUUUCUCUCUCUGUUGACUCUGGGGGAAGGUCCUAGUCAUCAAUCUUCCCUGGUCGAGGAGCUUCUCAGCAGAGAAGCCCCAGGUUCAAAGGACGCACCCGUGAGUCAGGAGAAGCCUCCAGCCUGCUGCCUGACCCACAGAUUCGGGACUUGCCAGCCUCCACGAUUGCCUGAGCCAUUUCCUUGAAACAAAUCUAAAGGAACCCUGGUGGCACAGUGGUUAAGCACUUGGCUGCUAACUGAAAGGUUGGCAGUUCGAACCCAGUAGCUGCUUCACAGAAGAAGGACGUGGAAAUCUGCUUCUAUAAAAAUUACAGCCUUGGAAACCCUGUGGGGCGGUUCUACUCUGUCCUGUAGGGUUGCUAUGAGUCAGAAUUGGUGACAACGGGUUUUUUUUUCUUCUUUUUUAAUGUGCAUAGAUUUACAUGCACGCUUCGCUGGUUUUGGUCUUCUAGA